GCCUGUCCCAGGCUGUGCUGCAGGAGGGCCACCGCCUGAAGGCCUGGGGCGUCCUGGGCACCGGCACUGGGGCACAGCUGCUGCGGCCAGCCUCAGCAGGCCCUCAAGGGGGCGCUGACGACAUCUGUGUGAAUCCCGUCACCAAGCUGAUGGUCCCCGGCGCCCACUGUGCGAUGCUUCCAGCCAGGGCCAUGCCGGGUCCGUACCCCCUGGCUACUUCAUCCACCCUGACACCGGGAGGGUGCUGCCCGAGGCCGGAAACCUGGGGUUCGAUCUGCAGGGAGCCACCCUGAUGCCCACCACUGACUUCAGUUCUGGUAGCGUCCGAACGUCAGAAGCUGCCAUCCUCCCCUACGUGCCCUACCCGACCUGCCCCGCCACAGGCUCCCCUCCAGCUGCCCGCCUGCCCGUCCUUCAGCCACAAAGGACAUCACAGUUGGGGGCUGUCAUGACAGACCCCGCAACUGGCAUCGAGGUGCCCGUGCUGGCUGUGACUCUGCACCCUCGCACGAGGCAGUGGCUCGCUCUUGGGGGCACGUACUGCAACCCGCUCACCAAGACUUUGGCCCCUCUAGAGCUGGGGGGCCCCGUGGAGGAUCCAGUCACGGGAGACAUCGUGCCCAUCCUGGGAGUCGGGUUGGAUGAGGACACAGGUCAGGUGCUUGCACUGGGCGGGCUGCGAGACGCCUCGGGGAACCUUAUGCUGCCUGGUGACAGCUUUGAGGAGCCGCUGAGCGGGAAGACAGUCCAGCUGCAGGGAGCUGCCCGACAGGAGGGCCGGACAGUGCCCCACCCGGGAGGAUCACAGGCCCUGCUGGACGCCAACGUGCUGGUGGCCCAGAGGCGAGUGCUUGCUGUGCUCCAGAGCUACCAAGAAAGUCCGGGGUCAAGGACAGAGGGGCUUCUGGAGGCUGCCAUCAAGGACUCGAGACAGGCACUGGCUUUGAGUCUGCACCAGGUCCUGCAGCAGGCUCGGAGACUGGAGCAGCAGCUGGAGACAGCAAAUGGCAUCGCGGCCGGCGGAGGAAGGCUAGGAGUGAUGUGCUACCCUGGAACAGAGUUGUGGAUCCCGGUCCUGUAUGGGAUGGAGAUCCCAGACCCCGAGGGCUUGGGGCUCAUGGUGCCCGUCCUGGGCAUGGAGACUGAUAGGAAUUCUGGUGAUUCCACACCCCUGGCGGGUUCGAUGGAAGAUGCAGAUGGCAAAGGUCUUGUCCCAAUCUCCACUGGGGCUCAAGCCAUAGAUCCCUUGACUGGGGAGCGUGGUCCUGUCAUUGGUGCUCAGACAGAUCCCUGUUCCGGAGUGGUGGUGCCCAUUGUCCAGGUGCUGGAGGCCCUACCUCGGGGAGUGAGCGACCCCGGGCUGGUGGACGCCCUGGAGACGGAGCUGAGCGCCCGGGAGCAGUACCGGCGCCGCCAGGAACAGGCAGAGGCGUGUCUGUCGGAACACCUGCGGCACCUGAGCCAGGACCUUUUCUCCAUCCCGGGCCAAGGCGCCCAGCGACAGCUGAGGGCUGCCGAGGAGGCCUGUGCCAGGCUGGGGGCCUGCCACCUGCGGGAGACUCAGAGGAGAGCCGGGGCCCUGCGAGCGUGGAGCGGCCCAGAGCGGGGCCUGCUCUCUCAAGCAGACAGAGAGGAGGGCGAGCAGGAGGCACAGGUGGCGGUAGGCGUGCAUGGAGUCCUGCAGAGUUUAGGACACGCGGCAGAGAGGCUCGGGCAAGCGGUGGGCCAACUGCGGGGCCAGGAGGAGGAGAUGUGGCUACAGCAGAGCAGGGAUCAGAGCCCCCGGAUCGGGCACCACCUCAGGAAGGUGGUUCAACGUCUCUCUGGUGAGCUUCAGGAGGUGGUGAGGGAGAGACAGAGCUUCCUGGAUGGAGCCCUCGGUUGCUUGCAGUACCAGCGGGAACUGAGCCGCCUCCACCUCUUGCACACCCAGGUUGUGGCCUCAGGAGCACCUCCAUGUUUGGAGAAUGACCCUGGAGACAGAUUCUACGGAACAGUCACGGCCUCUCUGAGGGACCGGGCCGCUGCCUGCCCGCUCUUGAUCCCCUUCCUGAAGAGCCUCACUGCAGCGCUUGCAGGGGCUCAAGGUUACGGCCCGGGCCCGGAGGAUCAUGGGCCAGGAGCGGAUGCAGAUAAAGUUGACAUCGUGUGGACCUCACCACCCUUUUCUACCCUGAAGAAAGUAGUAGACAUCUGGUCCCAAGCCCACAAGGAGGAAGUUGAACUACAAGCACAAAUGCAUCACCAGCAAGACCCGGAAAGCUCUUUGCAGGAUGUCCCGAAACCGCAGAUAAUGCAGAAGGAAGAGCUUGUCACCGUACAAGCCACAGACCUUUCUGCCAGGGAGUUUGUGGUUUACCAGUACGGCCUCUCCAUCCUGGACCUCCUCAUCCCCCAGCUUCAGGCUCCUGAAAUCACCCUGCAGAUUGCUUCUCAUCUUCCUGCCACGGAAGCCUCAGACAAUGCCUUCGAAGGCCCUUUCUUCUUUCAGGUGCUGCAGAUUCAGUCCCAGACGCGGACCCUGUGCAUCAACCACCUCGGGAGCUUGGGAAAAAUGGAAAUGCCCAGGUUUUACCUAAACUAG